UCCGCCAAAGCCGCCUCUUCCAUCACUACGGAGAGCCAAAUCCUUCCUGCGAAGUGGCACCGCUGGCUUCUUCCACUCUGGGCCUCAAUUAACAGGGUAAUUGGAUUGUGCAAAUCCUGAGCCUGUGAGAGAAAGUGACGCCGGUCGGUCUCAGCUGCCCGGCUAAGCCGAAGAUGCUCCGUGGGUAAAUAUAGUCCUUCUGUGUGACUCAGCCCGGAGUGGAGGGAAGGCAGCCCGCUCUCAUGGAUGAGAAGCAGGAAAGAAGCAGCCUCAUUUCCGACGGUGACGCAGACGGAGACGCCGCUCUGGCGUUACGAUCGCCAUCCGUCCGCACUGGGCCAACACCGGUCUCUGGCUGCCGUCGCAACAGGUGAGCUGUUGCUCAUCUCUGCCAUGCCAUGAUUCCUAGCAUCCUGGUGCCUUCAUGCGUCUUCCAGAAAGCCCUUUGAUGCCUCAACUCCAAGGCCUUAAGGCGUCUUCCAUCCUUGGCCAUCUGUCCAACUCAAGCAGCCUUGGAUUCCUCCUCACUGGCCAAAGAGAGAGAUGCGUUAGGAUUCAAGUGGUGCCCAAGAAACAGGUCCAAUGCCCACCACCACCUGUGAGCACCUGUGUGGCUGCCACCGGGGUCCCAACGUGGAAGAAGGGAAGUGGUAUGGUGUCCGCUCCUAUCUACACCUUUUCUACGAAGACUGCACCGGUCUGGAUGAUCUUGGGAGUCCCCCAAACUCUCCAUCCAGCGGCGGAUGGGCUUCCGUCCUUUGGAAGGUCUCUCUCUCUGCUGGCGGCCUGCUCUUGCUCCUUGGAAGCGCAGCACUAGCCACUGGCUACCUCCUCCCUCCCAAACUGGAAGGCAUCGGGGAAGCCGAGUUUGUGGUGCUGGACCAGCAGGCGGUGGAGUACAACCACGCUUUGGGCACCUGCCGGGCGGUGGGCACGGUCCUGUGCGCCAUGGCCGGGGCCCUCUUGGUCACCUGCGUCCUGUCCUCUGGUUUGGCCAGGAUGACCCGAGCCGAAGAGGGCCACAAGGAGGAGGGAUGGCAGGAGAGCCCCCCUGGGAAGUGGGGGGCCGCCGUCACAGAGCCCCCGGUGCCCUUCCGAACCUCAUGGGUCCAGCCCAAGAGAGAGAUGUGAUCUCUCAUCCCCACUGGGCUCCAAUAUCAUAUAUUGGGAGGGAGAGCUAAUACUUCAGAGGACAGGAUCCAAAGCAACCUUCAUUGAUUGGAGACAGGGCCAGAACUAAUAAAAUGAACUUCAACAUUGAGAAAUGCACAGUUCUACACUUAAGCAGAAAAAAUUGAAAUGCACAGCUAUAGAAUAGGAGACAUCUAGCUUGAAAAUUGUCCAUGAGAAAGAGAUCUAGGACUCUUAGUAGACAACAAGCUGGACAUGAGGCAACAGUGUGAUGCAACUAAAAAAGCCAAUGUGAUUCUAGUCUGCGUCAAUAGGAAUCUAAUGUCCAGAUCAAGGGAAGUCAUUGUCCCACUCUAUUCUGUUUUUUGUCAGACCUCAACUGGAAUAAUAUUGUGUCCAGUUCUAGGCACCACAAAUUCAAGAAGGAGAUGCACAAGUAUCUAGAGAAUGACCACUAAAAUGCUUAAAUAAUAAUAAUAAUAAUAAUAAUAAUAAUAAUAAUAAUAAUAAUUGGGGGCCCUGGUGGCACAGUGUGUUAAAGCGCUGAGCUGCUGAACUUGCGGACCGAAAGGUGCCAGGUUCAAAUCCCGGGAGCGGAAUGAGCACCCGCUGUUAGCUCCAGCUCCUGCCAACCUAGCAGUUCGAAAACAUGCCAAUGUGAGUAGAUCAAUAGGUGCCGCUCCGGCAGGAAGGUAACGGCGGUCCAUGUAGUCAUGCCGGCCACAUGACCUUGGAGGUGUCUAUGGACAAAGCCGGCUCUUCGGCAUAGAAAUGGAGAUGAGCACCAACCCCCAUAGUCGGACACGACUGGACUUAACGUCAGGGGAUACCUUUACCAUUAUCUAUUACAGUAGAGUCUCACUAAUCCAAGCCUCGCUUAUCCAAGCCUCUGGAUAAUCCAAGCCAUUUUUGUAGUCAAUGUUUUCAAUAUAUCGUGAUAUUUUGGUGCUAAAUUCGUAAAUACAGUAAUUACAACAUAACAUUACUGCAUAUUGAACUACUUUUUCUGUCCAAUUUGUUGUAUAACAUGAUGUUUUGGUGCUUAAUUCGUAAAAUUAUAACCUAAUUUGAUGUUUAAUAGACUUUUCCUUAAUCCCUCCUUAUCAUCCAAGUUAUUCGCUUAUCCAAGCUUCUGCCGGCCCAUUUAGCUUGGAUAAGUGAGACUCUACUGUAUUAUUAUUAUUAUUAUUAUUAUUAUUAUUAUUAUUAUUAUUAUUAUUAUUUAUGCCCCACUUUGAGGCCCCCCAGUGGCGCAACAGGUUAAACCACUGAGCUGCUGAACUUGCUGAUCGAAAGGUUGGUGAUUCGAAUCUGAGGAACCGGGUGAGCAUCCGCUGUUAGCCUUAGCUUCUGCCAACCUAACUGUUCAAAGUGUCUAUGGACAACGCUGGCUCUUCGGCUUUGAAAUGGAGAUGAGUUGGGCACGGCUAGACUUAAGGUCAGGGAAAAACCUUUACCUAUGCCCCGUUUAAUCUCUCAUGAUGGAGAUUCAAAGCGACUUAACUUUAAAGCAUUCACUUUUUUCUGUUGCUCUGGAGGCUAGCACACAAUGAAGCCAUGGGUUCAAAUGGCAGAAAAAGAGAUUCCGCCUAAACUCUAACAUCUUGAACCAUGGAGCUGUUUGACAAUGGAAUAUGCUGCCUGGGAGUCCAGUAAAGUCUCCUUCUCUGGACGUUUUUAAGCAGAGUCUGGAUGGACAUCUGUCGGGCGGGCUUAGAUUGUGUCUUUCUAAUUGGCAGAAAGGGGUUGGACUGGAUGGCACUUGUGUCCCCUUCUAUGAUUCUAAGUUCUAUUUUGAUCCAAUAUUCCAGUAAUUGCUGAAACAUAGAAUUCGAAGACAUACCAGAGGGCCCUUUAGCUAUGCUUUCAUCACAGAACUAUGGAAUUGGAAGAGACCCCCAGAGGACAUCCAGUCCAAUCCCAUUCUGGGUUGCUGUGAUUUUUUCGGACUGUAUGGCCAUGUUCCAGCUGCAUUCUCUUCUAACAUUUCUCCUGCAUCUGUGGCUGGCAUCUUCAGAGGUUCUGUUGACAGCUAAGCAAGUGGAGUGUGUGUGUGUGUGUGUUUUGUGCCUAUCUAUCUAUCUAUCUAUCUAUCUAUCUAUCUAUCUAUGGAAUGCCAAGGGUGGAUAAAAGAACCCUUGUCUCUUUAAAGCAAAUGUGAAUGUUGCAAUUAGCAUUAGCAUUGAUUAGCAUUGAGUAGCCAUGAAACUCCAAAGUCAAUCAGUGAGCGUAUCUGAAUAGAAGUAGCCUGUCCUCUGUUGCCUGGAGGCAUCCUCUGUUUGGGAGUUGUUAACUUCAUGGCUACUCAAUGCUUGCUAAUUACAACAUUCCCACUUGCUUUGUCAGACAAAGGGUCUUUCUCACACCCUGGACAUUAUUCCACAGGUAUAUAUAUACUCCAGAGAGGCCCCUGGUGGCACAGUGUGUUAAAGCGCUGAGCUGCUGAAGUUGUGGACCAAAAGGUCCCAGGUUCAAACCCCGGGAGCAGAAUGAGCGCCCACUGUUAGCCCCAGCUCCUGCCAACCUAGCAGUUCGAAAACAUGCCAAUGUGAGUAGAUCAAUAGGUACUGCUCUGGCGGAAAGGUAACGGCGCUCCAUGCAGUCAUGCCGGCCACAUGACCUUGGAGGUGUCUAUGGACAACGCCGGCUCUUCGGCUUAGAAAUGGAGAUGAACACCAACCCCCAGAGUCAGACAUGACUGAACGUCAGGGGAAAACUUUACCUUUAUAUAUAUAUAUAUACACACACACACACACACUCCGCUUGCUUCACUGCCAACAGAACCUCUGAAGAAGCCCUUAGCCACAGAUGGAGGUGAAACGUGAGGACAUAAUGCUUCUGAAACAUGGCCAUACAGCCCGAAAAACUCACAGCAACCCAGUGAUUCCAGUAAUGAAAGCCUUCGACAACACAAUCCCAUUCUGCCAUGCCUGGUGUAAAUCCAUAUCAUGCAGUUUAUCUGCACUGAACUGUAGAUGCUGUUAUUAUUUGUCAUUAAGGUUGCUUCUGGCUGGGUCUACACUGCCAUAUAAUGCAUUUAACCAUGAUAUGAUCAUUGUAUACCUAUAUAAUGUAGUUUAACUGCAUCAAACUGCAUUAUAUGAGUCCACACUAACCAUAUCAUGCAGUUUCCAUAGUCUAUGGCAAAUAAUAAAAGCAGCAUCACAAACUACAUAACCAAGAAGGUAAUUUAAGCCAAGGUGAAUAAACUGAGGUUGCCGUACUUUGGCUGUAUCGCAAGAAGAGAUGAUGAUUUCACAAUCAUGCUUGAUAGAACGAAAUUAAGAAGACUGCAUUGCAGAUGGAUGGACGGAAGAAAGGAAGCCGCUUUUGCACUGACUCUGAAGACUUCAGCUGCAUCUACACUGUAGAAUUAAUGCAGUUUUAUAUCACUUUAAAGCAUUAACUGUAGAUUAAUGGUUUUAAUCUACAGUUGUAUGUAUUUUAUUUAGAUAUGUGAUAUAUUUUUAUAUAUUUGUAAGGCAUUGAAUUUUGCCAUUUAUUAUGUUGUAAACCGCUUUGAGUCCCCCCAGGGGUGAGAAAAGCGGUAUAGAAAUGUAGAUAAUAAUAAUAAUAAUAAUAAUAAUAAUAAUAAUAAUAAUAAUAUGCUGAUGACCCAAAAUGCAGACUGUGCAAUGAAACCACGAAACCAUUGAUCAUAUCCUCAGCUGCUGUAAGAAAAUUGCACAGACAGACUACAAACAGAGGCACAACUAUGUGGCCCAAAUGAUCCAUUGGAACUUAUGCCUCAAGUACCACCUCCCAGCAGUAAAGAACUGGUGGGAUCACAAACCUGCAAAGGUUGUGGAAAAUGAACACGCAAAGAUACUGUGGGACUUCCGAAUCCAGACUGACAAAGUUCUGGAACACAACACACCAGACAUCACAGUUGUGGAAAAGAACAAGGUUUGGAUCAUUGAUGUUGCCAUCCCAGGUGACAGUCGCAUUGAUGAAAAACAACAGGAAAAACUCAGCCGCUCUCAGGACCUCAAGAUUGAACUUCAAAGACUCUGGCAGAAACCAGUGCAGGUGGUCCCGGUGGUGAUGGGCACACCGGGCCAAAAGAUCACAGCCGGCAUUUGGAAACAAUAGACAUUGACAAAAUUACGAUCUGCCAACUGCAAAGGGCCACCUUACUGGGAUCUGCACGCAUCAUCCGAAAAUACAUCACACAGUCCUAGACACUUGGGAAGUGUUCGACUUGUGAUUUUGUGAAACGAAAUCCAGCAUAUCUAUCUUGUUUGCUGUGUCAUACAAUGUCGUUGUGUCAAUAAUAAUAAUAACAACCCAAAAGUCCUGGUGGCUCAUCAUAUGUGAUGACCAUGAUCUGACCGUGAUAUGGUCAAUGUAGAUCUAUAUAGUGCAGUUUAACUGCACCGAGAUAUAUAUAUCUCUAAGUUUUAUUAACCAUAUGUUAAAAUGCGCACAAACACAGACUAUGAAAUAUACUUAUUCCAUAAAAUGAACCACAAAAUCCCACUCAAAUAUGUGUAUCCAUUUAUAGACCUUGCCAUAUGGCUGUCUGAAGGCAAAUUUAAUAAUAUUAGUCAGCAUUAGCCUAGAACUGUUGGGAUUUAAAGCAUUUCACAUGCAUUACUACAAUAUAUGCUUUUGCAAUGUCUGCAAUAACACAGGAGGGCAGGCCAGAAUUAUUCUCAGCACAUCUCCACUAGGGGGAGCUCUGCACCAAAGCCUAGAAGAGCCUUCCAAUGCAAGCUGCAAGAAAAGGUUGCAAUGGGAAGUCCUGGGUUGCAAACAAAACUCCAUUCCAUUUUCUUUUUCAAUUUACCUUUUCUAUUGGUUCUUUCAUACUCAAACAGUUAGCAUCAAGGGCGGAGGUUUCCCUAUACCAGUGAUGGCCAACCUAUGACACGCAUGUCAGCACUGACACGCCUAGCCAUUUUUGCUGACACACUGCUGCAUGCAGAUUUAUUGGAUGACUAAUAUCUUUUGUGGCCAAAUUUGGUGUGAUUUGGUCCAGUGAGUUUGUUGUUUACUCCAUGGGAAUUAUGCACAUUACAUUUUUAUAUAUAUAUAUCUAUAUAUAUAAAAGAGUGAUAGCAUCACGGCGACCCACAAAACAACAAAACUACAGGCCCUCCAACCUCGAAAUUUGACAACACAACCCAUCAUCCACGCCUCUAGGUUGAUACAACAAAAAGAAAAGAAAAAUAAAGUCCUAAUUAGAGAGAGAGGAAUAAUUGCUUUUAUCCAAUUGCUGCCAGUUAGAAGGCUAAGCUCCUCCAACUUGGUCUCCUACCAAUAAAAAUAAUAAAAAAACACUAAAAAUUAAUACAAUAAAAUACUAUAAUAACAGAAAAUAACUAAAAAUAAUACAAGACAAUAAUAAAAUAUAAAAAAUAAAAAAUAACUUACAAUAAAAUUAAUAAAAAAUUGCAAAUAACGUCAAAUAAAAAUUACACAACAAUUUUUAACCAAUACCACCACCACUUUGCCACAGCAACGCGUGGCCGGGCACAGCUAGUAUAUAUAUAUAAUCAUUCUAUUAUUAUUCUAUUUUUGUAGUAUAUUAUCAUAUUAUUACUAUUAUAUUAUUAUUAUAUUUUUCAUUAUUCGUGACUACAUUGAAACUAGAAUAGAGAAAAAUCAGUGUGGAAACUGCACGAGGUACCAUAGAUUGUUGUACAUGGAAAUAAUGGUAGUAAAUAGUUAUGAUUUAUUAAAUCCAGUUAUAUAUUACAAUUAUAUAUUUUUGUUAUUUAAACUAUACAUAUUGCGAAAUUAUGGUUUUUUUCUCGAAGUGAAACACCACCCAAGUCAUGCUAGGUUUUUUUGGUGAAUUUUGACACACCAAGCGCAAAAGGUUGCCCAUCAUUGCCCUAUACAUUGUUUUCAUCCACUAAAAACAUAAUUUUGCAUUACAACUCUAGGAAUGUAUAGAAACUGACCAUAACACGACACUUUUUUUCAUGUCAGGAGCGACUUGAGAAACUGCAAGUCACUUCUGGUGGGAGAGAAUCGGCCGUCUGCAAGGACGUUGCCUGGAUGUUUUACCAUCCUGUGGGAGGCUUCUCUCAUGCAUGGGAAGCUGGAGCUGACAGACGGGAGCUCACCCUGCUCCCCGGAUUCGAACCGCCAACCUUUUGGUCAGCAGUCCUGUCAGUAAACGGGCCGGGCUGUGGCGCAGCUGGUUAGUAGCCAGCUGCAAUAAAUCACUAGUUUGAAACUAGCUUCAAAAUAGUCAUGAGUUUGAAGCCAGCCCGCGCCGGAUUGAGCGCCUGACCAUCAAAAAUAGCCCAGCUCGUUGUUAACCUAAGCAACCCGAAAGAUAGUUGAAUCUAUCAAGUAGGAAAUGUAGGUACUGCUUAUGCAGGGAGGCUAAUUUAACUAAUUUACAACACCAUAAAAAUCAUUCAGCAGUGUACAGAAAGGAAUGAGGAAGUAAUUCAUCAAGGACUCGGUGUCACAGUGGAUGAUGAAGCAGCAGCUCCCCCUUGUGGCCAGAAUCGAGCACACCUUCAUGAAACCUGGAAGCUGGAAAAUGUUAAAUUGCCUCUGUGUCUUCGUCUCUGUUUCUGUCGAUAUGUCUCAUGACAUUGAAUGUUUGCCAUGUAUAUGUACAUUGUGAUCUGCCCUGAGUCCCUUUUGAGAUGAGAUGGGUGGAAUAUAAAUACUGUAAGCAAAUAAAUAAAUAAUAAAUUAAC